AUGGCCAACAACACAAUAUGCUGCGAUCGUACAAAUUACCACAGUGACAUCUGCUUCCUUAAAGGCAAUACAAUAACCAACUCUUCUUCCUCAUCUAUCCUUCUCAUCUCAAACCCCAACUCCUCUUCCCCCACUGUCGAAAAAAUCCGGCCAUAUACUCGAAAAUGGGAGCCCUUCAUCAUGAACAAAAUCCCCGAGCUCUGCCUCAAAACCGUCAAUCCUUCAAUAAUUCCCCGUUGUGACGUUCGCCACAGCGUGACGGCUCUCUUCUUCUCUCUCGGCGGCUACACCGGUAACAUUUUUCACGCUUUCAAUAAUGGUCUCAUUCCGUUGUAUAUAACAUCACAACAUCUCAACCGACAAGUUGUCUUCGUUAUCCUUGAGUAUCGACAUUGGUGGUAUACAAAGUACCGAGAAAUCCUCUCCCAGCUCUCCGCUUACCCUAUCAUAGAUUUCUCUAACGAUGAGAGGGUACAUUGUUUUCCAGAGGCUAUAGUAGGCCUCCGGUUCCACGAAACCCUAAUGAUUGAUCCGUCACGGAUGAGGGACAACAAGAGCACUGUUGACUUCAAAACAAUGCUUGAUCAGGCAUACCAGAACCAGAACCAGAUCAGGAAACAAAAACAAGACCAGAAUCACGCUCACAAGCCGAAACUUGUGAUUGUGGCCCGAAAACAGACAAGGGCGAUAGAGAACGAGCAGGAGGUCGUUGCUAUGGCGAGAGAUAUUGGAUUCGAGAUAGAAGUUCUAAGACCGGAGAACACGAUGCAGAUGUCGACAAUAUACGAAUCUUUGAGCACAUGCGACAUUAUGAUGGGCGUGCACGGAGCUGCACUGACUCAUUUCUUCUUCCUGAGACCCGAAUCGCUGUUUAUACAAAUUGUGCCACUCGGGCUAGAUGAGCUGGCGAGGAUGUGUUUUGGUGACGUGGCGCCUAAAUUUGGGAUUGAGUAUGAAGAGUAUAAGAUACGACAUACGGAGAGCUCGUUGUACACGAAGUACGGCGGAGAUGAUCCGAUAGUGAGAGAUCCGGAGAGUGUGAUGAAGGGAAAGGGAUGGGAGUUUACUAAGAAGGUUUAUCUUGAGGGGCAGAAUGUGACAUUGGAUAUAAAUCGACUUCGUGAGAGACUGAUACUAGCAUUUCAGAGGGGUAAGCAAAACUAG